UGUUUUCUUUCUUAUGCUGCAAUCUCUAUGUAUAAGACCCACAAUUAGUGAAGUGAUGUCCUUCAAAACUCCCACCACUUCACGUAUCUUAUCGUUAGCUUCUCUGCCCGACAGGAUCCGAAAGGCUUUCAUCUGAAACAAUGGAAAAGAAAAGCUAUAAUAGAAGGGCGAGAUCCCCCUGCUAUGAGAGGAUCUUGAGCUGGAUACGAACGAGUCGUGUCUUCAGGGCGAUCUGCAGUCGGGCUUUGCCGGGUGGACCUGGGACCACCCUGUCAUCUCCUCCUCCACCUCCUUCGGGAACAAAAAUUCUUACAAUUACUUUUGCCGAAAAUGCGAAAGAAAAGGAUGUACCAGUUCAUGACUACAAUGGCGAUCAAGUGGCAAUAAUUAAGCCCGUGAAAAUAUCUCUGGCCACCGAACCCUCGGAGAAAACCAAAGCACGAGGGCAACUAGAAGAUCCGGGGGCUUCGAAGAAGAUUGAACCAGAACUCUCUGAAGAACCUUCAAACGAAGAGACGAAGCCCCAUGGUGUUAACAAGCUUGGAAGUGGGAGUGAACAUAUUGAGAACCGGUUCUCAGAGUACAUCCAGCGAGCAAAGCUUAAACUCCGAACCGUCUCAAAUGUCCAUGGUGGUGCGAAGGUCGAAUCACCUGGAAAGGAGAAAAAGGAAGCAGCCGGGAAAACGGACCAUCAUUCUGCGAAACACCUUAAUCGGGGCUAAGAUGAAGCUGUGAACUGCAUCAUUGGAGGCGGGAAGGCUGUCCCUUCCAAAUAACGAAAUCUUCGAAGCUUCUCUACGAGUAAUAAUAUAUUCUGAAUUGAUGGCUGCAAAGAAGAUUAAAAAAAGAAAUAAUGGGGGUUGUCUCUCCUUAUAUUUACACACACACACAUAUAUAUAUAUAUAUUUAAUUUGGUUGUUAUUUUACGAGUGAUGAUGAUAAGAUUUAAGGAAAGGAAUAAUGGGCUGUGCGUGGAAUUACUUUGGAUUUGGAUGAAGAGCUUGGGGUAUCAUUUGUGCGCUCGGGUCUUGUUAGUUAUUAAUUCAUGAGCCGGUCGACUCAAAAUUGGUUUAUGUUAAA